AUGCUCUCUAAAUUGCCACUGCUUGCAGCCCUGGUGGUUUCAGGGUGUGUUGCGAAAAUCCUCCCCCCGAGUCAGGAUAGCUGGUAUGUGGAGCCAGAUGACAUCAGCAAAUAUAGGCCUGGAGAAUUGAUCCGAUUUCGCCAACUGGAAAGCAAGAUACAACCUCUUCUACCGUUUGGGGAAGAAAUCUCCGUGGAUGCGGUAUAUCAGUACCUCUUCCGCACCACGGACAGUCUGGGUAAUGCGGUCGCUGCUGUAACGACUCUGAUUGCCCCGCACAAUUCGGAUUCAUCGAAGCUACUCGUCUACCAGGCGGCGUAUGAUGCCGCGAACGGAGACUGCAGUCCAUCGUAUACCCUGCGGCCUGGAUCCUCGAGCGCCGGACUCCUAGGUCUCCUAAUGCCAAAUAGUACAACAUUCGCAGAGGGAAUAUUUUUAGCUGCCGCGCUGAACCGAGGGUGGUGGGUGAUGAUAACUGACUAUGAAGGGCUGGAAGCUCAGUUCAUCGCCGGCCUGCAAUCUGCCUAUGCCACGCUCGACUCGGUCCGCGUAGUGAUCAACGAGGGACACAAGAUCGGGCUGGCUCCCGAUGCCCGGUACGUGAUAUGGGGCUAUUCUGGAGGAGCAUUUGCCGGUGGGUGGGCUGCAGAGCUUCAACCAUCAUAUGCGCCAGAGUUACAUUUCUCAGGGGCCGCCUUAGGCGGCACAAUUGUCAAUACCACCUCCGUCGUAGAAUCGAUUAAUAGAGGGACAUUUUCGGGUCUCAUAUUUAGAGGCUUCUAUGGCGCUGCCAAAGCCUAUCCCAACCUCACUGACUGGAUGGAUGAGAAUAUGCUGCCCAACAAAAGGGACGAAUUUUUCAAACAUGCCACCAAUUGUCAGAUCCAGGGAAUUGACGGGAGAUUCCACGAUGUUUUCUCUUAUUUUGUUGAUGGUGACCGGUCGAUAUAUGAGCCUGUCCCCGCAACUGUGCUUGACUGGUCUGGGCAGAUGGGUCGUCGCGGGUCCCCGACUAUGCCGCUGUUCAUAUACAAGGCCGUCAGGGAUGAGAUUAGCCCUAUUGAGGACACCGACAAGUUGGUACAUCAAUACUGUAGCAACGGGGCCACCAUUGAGUACCAUCGAAAUGUAAUAGGGGAGCACGUCACUGAAGCCCUCAUCGGAUCGGUAAACGCCUUGGAAUGGGUUUCGGAUCGGUUGGCAGGGAGACCUGUACGACAUCUCGAAUCAUGCUUGACAAAAGACGUACUCAUUGCCAAUAUUAGUCCCUCUGCCAUUUCAACACUCGGCAUAGAAUUGUACUCUUUCCUGAGGUCGAUUCAAAGUGCUGGCCUAGGACCUCCGUCUUGA